AGUAAAAUUGAGACAAUGGCUCCCGCGGGAUUGUAUGUACUUCUGUCUGCCUGCUGCGUGUCCUUGGCAUCCGCCGGAUUUGGAUUUGGCUUCGGUGGUGGCAGCCUUGGACUUGGAGGCGGAAACGGUGGUGGCUCUGCUCAAGCAAGCCUGCCUGGAUUGAGUCUGGGUGGCGAGUACAACAGAGGAUCUUCUGGAUCGGUUCUGAAUCAGGCUGCCAACGGCAUUCUGGGCGCUGCUUCGACUGGAGCCAAUGUAAUCCACUCCGCCGGAUCUGCAGCUGCCAAUCACGGAGCUCAGGCUGCCAAUGGAGUGCUAGGAGCAGCUGGAUCUGGAGCAGAUGCCGUCCACUCUGCCGGAUCUUCAGCUGCCAAUCACGGAGCUCAGGCCAUAAACGGAAUAUUGGGAGUGGCAGGAACUGGAGCCAAUGUAAUCCACUCCGCCGGAUCUGCAGCUGCCAGUCACGGAGCUCAGGCUGCCAAUGGAGUGCUAGGAGCAUCUGGAUCUGGAGCAGAUGCCGUCCACUCUGCCGGAUCUUUAGCUGCCAAUCACGGAGCUCAGGCCAUAAACGGAAUAUUGGGAGGGGCAGGAACUGGAGCAAAUGUUGUGUACUCGGCCGGAUCGACAGCCGCUUCCCACGGAGCCCACAAUGCCCACACAGUGCUGGGAGCUGCUGCCACUGGAGUCAAUGCUGUACACUCUGCAGGUUCCACGGCGGCGGAUCACCUACACAAAGCCUCUGAACUCGGCGGAUCUGGUUCUGUUUCCCUUGGAGCUGGACAUUUGAAUAUUCAGUCCUCUGGCAACAGUGGUGCAAAGCCGAAUGCUGCACACUUGACCAUUGGUUCUUCCGGCCUCACGGGUUCCAGUGGCCUCCAUCAUAGCACCGGUUCAGCCACUGUUGAUGCAGCGAAUGCAGUGCUGAAUGCAGCGGGAGCUGGAGCAACCGGAUCGUCCGGUGCCGCUCAUGGAGCUCAAGUUGUCAAUGGAGUUUUGGGAGUUGCAUUAGCCGGAGCCAAUGUUGUCCAUUCCGCCGGAUCAAUUGCUGCCGCUCAUGGAGCUCAGGCUGCAAACAAAGUGGCCAGCGGCAUUGCCAAUGGUGCAUCCACCGGUUCCGGAGCCAGUUCUGGUCACUUGAGCAUCGGGUCAUCUGGAAUUUCCGGAUCCAGCUCUGGCUCACAUGGCAAUGGUCACUUGAGCGUAGGUACUUCCGGCGCCAAUACAGCUAAAAUCACUGGAUCUUCGUCAGCUGGUGCACACCACACUGGAUCAGUACAGGCUGGUUCUGCCAAGAUCACAGCUGGACAUGGAAAAAUUGAAGCCACUGGCUCAAAUUCCGGCGCUGCUGGUGUUGGUCACCUUGAUGUUGAAGCCACUGGAGCCAGUGCAAUGAAAACAUCCUCCACAUAUCAUAAAGCUGAGUCCUCGAAGUCUUCAUCUGGCUCUUCAUCUGGCUCAACCAGCGGUCAGCUGAGUAUUGGGGCAUCAGGAGCCACAGGUUCUGGCUCUGCUGGUUCCCAUGGAGUAGGAAAUUUGAGCAUUAAAUCGUCUGAAACCACAUAUUCGUCAAAAACCGAGGAAUCCAAGUUUAGUGCUGGUCAUGCCCACAUUAGUUCUGGAUCCUCAACCAUUGAAGCCUCUGGAACACAUGCUGGAUCUUCCCACAUCAAGACAGAACACAAGAAAGUGGAAUCAUCGGGAUCGAGCUCUUCGCUCACUGGAUCAGGUUCUGCUUCCAUCGGUGCUGGUCAUCUGAAUAUCCAACCUGCUGGCUCUACCGGAUCAUCCCAAACUGCUUCGAAUAGCGCAUCUAUUGGUGUCGGACAUCUGAGCAUUGGAGCAACAGAUUCCACCUCUAAGGGAUCCUCUGUCCAUGGCUCAUCUGGUCACUUAAGCAUCGGAUCAGCUGGAAUCUCUGGAUCUGCUGCUUCAGGAGCUGGAUCAUCCAAGAUCAACGCUGGACAUUUGAGUAUCGGAACCUCUGGAAUCUCCGGAUCUGCUGGUUCUGGAGCUGGAUCAGCCAAGAUCAAUGCCGGACAUUUGAGUAUCGGAUCCUCUGGAAAUGCAGGAUCAGCUUCCUUAGGGUCGAAUGGCCUGUCAGUUGGAGCAAACGGAUCGAUUGGACUAGCCGGUGCCCACGAUGCAGCUUCUCAGGCCCAUGGAGUUGCCAGUGGUAUACUGUCACCUGCUGUGGGUUCGGGAAGUCUCUCUCUCGGUGGUAACACUGGAUCUUCGGGAUCGAGCGGAGCUUCCAGCCAAGGAGGAUAUCGUCAGGGAAGUAUCAAUUUGGGAGGAAGCGGUCUAAGCCUUGGAGGCAAUCUCGGUGGAAAUUCCGGAAGUGUCGGAUUUGGAUUGGGUGGCGCUCACCUGGGAGGAUCCAUAAACCGUGGUGCUGGUCUUUUCCUUGGCUAAUUUUAAGUUAGCUUUAAUAUUUUGAAGUAUUCUAUAUUUAAAUUGUAUAUGUAAAAUUUCAACUCGACCUUUAAAUUCUAUGUUUAAAUUGUACAAGUACUAAUCUCUACUAUUAAACCUUUUGCGAAUGCAAAUGAGAAUGAAUUUAAUGGGCCACAUUAGAAUAUAAUAACACCAUAUUUUACUACUGCUAUAAAUAACGAUUACUAAAUGUGUGCUUUUAGAUCGUGUACCAAUUAAAAUGUUCGCAAAAUAAACAUUACGAUGGUGGUG